GAAACCGCCUCCCGCCCCGGCCCGGCCUCCCGAGCCAUGUACAGGCCCGGCGAGGCCAAACGGCGGCCGCCCGCUCCGCCCGGCCCGCGGGUCAGGACCGUAGAGGUGGCCCGGGGCCGGGGCGGCUAUGGCUUCACCCUGGCCGGGCAGGCGCCCUGUGUCCUGAGCCGCGUGGUGCCCGGCGGCCCGGCCGACCACGUGGGCCUGCGGCCCGGGGACCGCAUCCUGGGCGUCAACGAGAUCAACGUCCGGAAGGCCUCACACGAGGACGUGGUCAAGCUCAUCGGCAAGUGCUCCGGCCUCCUGCGCCUGGUGGUCGGAGAGGGCCGGGCCCCGCCGCCGGACUCGGGCUCCAGCGACGAGGAAGCGGGCCCCGGCCGGCCCAAGCCCCGGCUGGACUCCAGGGCCCUGGGCAUCGACCGGGCCGAGAGGGUGGUGGAGGACCUGCGGGCGGGGGGCAUCUUCGGCCUGCUGUUUGACCGGCCGGAGCCCCGGCACCGGGCCGGAGUCAAGCCGCGGUCCCUGUCGGAGUCGGCCGCCGCCCGGGCCGAGCGGGGGCCCGAGGCCCCCGCCUCCCGCUCCUUCCCCGAGGCCGGGCCGGCCGCGGAGGAGGACGAGGACGAGGAGGAGGCCGCGGUGUUCGGGCCCGAGGCCGCCCGGCUGGACGCGGGCAUCCUCAACGUGGCCAUGGUGGUGGGCUACCUGGGCUCCAUCGAGUUGCCGUCCACCGGCUCCAACGUGGAGCACGACAGCCUGCAGGCCAUCCGCGGCUGCAUGAGGCGCCUGCGGGCCGAGCAGCGCGUCCACUCCCUGGUCCUGCUGCGCGUGUUGCACGACCGGGUGCAGCUCUGCGCCGACCGGCCCGGCCCCGCCGUGGCCGCCUAUCCGGCCGACAAGCUGGCCUUCAGCGCCGUCUGCCCCGACGACCGCCGCUUCUUCGGCCUGGUGACCGUGCAGCCCGGCGACGGCGGGGCCGCCCGCGAGGACCCGGGCGACCUGCGUACCUCCUGCCACGUCUUCAUGGUGGACCCGGACCUGUUCGCCCACCAGGUCCACCAGGGCAUCGCCCGGCGCUUCGGCUUCCGCUGCACGGCCGACCCGGACACGGACGGCUGCCUGGAGUUCCCCCCGUCCUCCCUGCCCGUCCUGCAGUUCGUGUCCGUCCUCUACCGGGACAUGGGGGAGCUGAUCGAGGGGGUGAGAGCCCGGGCCUUGCCGCGCGGGGACGCGGAGGCCCCCCACCACAACAACAGCACGAGCAGCGACAGCGGCAUUGGCAACUUCCACCCGGAGGACAAGGGCAACCGCGUCUUGGUGGUGGACCUCGGGGGCCCGCCCGCCAAGCACCCCCCGCCUCCUCCCGCCGUCGGGGGCCCGUGGGACGGGGAGCCCGUCCGCCCCGGGGGUCCCUCGCCGCCGCCCCGGAGGAGCCCCCUGGGCCCGGGUGGGCCGCCCCCUCCGCCGGCCGGCCCGCGGCGCCCACCCGGGCACGUGCUGCGCGACUGGCACCCGGGCCCCGCCAGCGACCAGGAGUCCUACACCGAUUCCACCGACGGCUGGUCUAGCGUUAACUGCGGCACCCUGCCCCCGCCCAUGAGCAAGAUCCCCGCGGAUCGCUACCGGCUGGACGGCCGGGGCCUGGCCGCCCCCCAGCUCGAGUGGCCCAAGAGGGCUUUCGCGGGGCCAAACCUGUUCGGCCCCCACCGCCACCUCCGCAAGGCCAAGGACGAUAAAAAGGUGGCCAAAUUCGGGUCCGGGAUGGGUUUCUCGCAGCCUGCCCAGCGCAGCACAGCUCGGCGAUCCUUUGGCAGAUCCAAGAGAUUCAGCGUCACGCGUUCACUAGAUGAUCUUGAGUCCGCAACAGUCUCGGAUGGUGAGUUGAACAGCUCCGAUUUGAAAGACCGGGUGAGCAGCAACAGUUUGAGCAGCAAUGCCAGUCUCCCGAGCGUGCAGAGUUGCCGGAGGCUCCGGGAAAGAAGGGUCGCCAGCUGGGCCGUCUCCUUCGAGCGGCUCCUGCAAGAUCCCGCCGGCGUCAGAUACUUUUCCGAUUUUCUGAGGAAGGAAUUUAGUGAAGAAAAUAUUUUAUUCUGGCAGGCCUGCGAAUAUUUUAACCAUGUUCCUGCCCAUGACAAAAAAGAGCUUUCUUACAGGGCCCGGGAGAUUUUUAGUAAAUUCUUAUGUAGCAAAGCCACCAUGCCAGUUAACAUCGAUAGCCAGGCCCAGCUAGCCGACGACAUCCUCAACGCCCCGCAUCCGGAUAUGUUCAAGGAGCAGCAGCUUCAGAUUUUUAACCUGAUGAAGUUUGAUAGCUACACUCGCUUUCUGAAAUCCCAACUGUACCAAGAGUGCAUUUUGGCCGAGGUAGAAGGUCACUCUCUCCCCGAUUCACACCAGGUUCCAAGCAGCCCGGCUUCUAAACACAGUAUUAACUCGGAUCGCUCCAGCGUCUCCACGCCCAAAAAGUUAAGUGGAAAAUCCAAGUCAGGACGAUCCCUGAAUGAAGAAUCCGGAGAGGAGGACACUGAGAAACGGCGAAAGGGGACUUUUUUUUCGUGGUCAAGGAAUAAGAGUACAGGGAGAUCACAAAAGAAAAAGGACCGUGGUGAACCUCACAGUGAUUCUCCUCACCCUAAUGGAGGAUUGUAUCGACGCGAAUCCCAGGGCUCUAUGUCAUCUUCUGCAAGUCUUGAACUGUCUGAAACCUACAGGUUAUCAGUUUCCGAAAAAGAGAAAUCUUCCAAACACUGCUGCGUUCACCUUCCCGAUGGGUCGUCGAGUACAAUGGCGGUCAAAGCCGGAUUCUCCAUCAAAGAAAUCUUAUCCGGGCUCUGUGAGAAGCAUGGCAUCAACGUGGCUGCAGUAGACCUCUUUUUAGUCGGAGGAGACAAGCCCCUUGUUCUCCACCAAGACAGUAGCAUCUUGGAGUCUCGGGAUCUUCGCUUAGAGAAACGCACUUUGUUUCGGUUGGAUCUUGUUCCAAUUAAUAGAUCGGUAGGACUAAAAGCCAAGCCCACCAAGCCCGUCACAGAAGUUCUGCGACCUGUGGUUGCAAAAUAUGGUUUAAAUCUCAGUGACCUUGUAGUGCGACUAAGUGGAGAGAAGGAACCGCUAGAUCUCGGAGUACCAAUAUCGAAUUUGGAUGGGCAGCGGGUCAUCUUAGAUGAAAAGGAUUCUUCCAGAGGAAAAACCUUCACAGACAAGCAGAAAGGUGCUUCAGCCAAACAGAAUAUAGCUGGAAUUUCCAGUUCCAGAAAUCUCUCAUCCACGGGAGAGGAGAGAACACUAGGAAAGUCUAAUUCUAUUAAAAUAAAAGGAGAAAAUGGAAAAAAUGCUAGGGAACCCCGGCUAUCAAAGAGAGAAGAAUCUAUUGCAAAGAUUGGGAAAAAAAAAUAUCAGAAAAUUAAUUUGGAUGAAGCAGAGGAAUUUUUCGAGCUCAUAUCCAAAGCUCAGAGCAACCGGGCCGACGACCAGCGUGGGCUGCUGAGGAAAGAAGACCUCGUUCUGCCCGAUUUCCUCCGCUUACCGCCCGAGCCGGCCUCCUCCACCCCAGCGGCCCCGAAGGGUCUCGGCAGAGGAGCCGGGAAGGGCGGCGGCAAGAUGAAGACGGUCCAGCCUAACGGGAAGGCCGACCCGGCCCAGGGAUGCGGCGAGAAUUCGACGAAGAACGCCGGGCGGUCGGAGGGCCAACCCAGGCCCGGCCCGGCCGCCCUCCACGCUGCCCGUCCGAAGCCGGCGGGCCUCCCCUCCGUCGCCCCGCUGUCUCCGAUCCCCCACGCCCUGGAGGGGCCCUCCCGGGUUUGGAGAAGGCAGUCCAGGGAACUCCCGCCGGAAGGCAUACAGACUAUCGACGACGAAAACGUCGCCGACUUGACUCUCGUGGGCGAGGGCGACAUCAACAGCCCCAACAGCACUUUACUGCCGCCGCCUCCGACGCCGCCGACCGACGCCGGGAAACUCGCUCAAGCCAACUACUCGCCCCCGACUCCUCUGACAGAUAAACAGGGAAAGUCUGCGGCGUAUCAGAGGUCCAAUUCAGGGGUCAAUCGCGUGAGGAAGAUGGAACCGUUCGGAAAGGCCGAAGAGCAGAAGGUCUACGUCGCGGCGGCGAACCCCUGCCACUUCCCCCAUGGCGGUCCUCGCCCCCGGAGCCAGCCCCUCCCCAGGGACGGAGCCGUUGACCAGGACGGUGUCCCGGCGGGAGGAGAGAGCCUCCCUCCCCGCUCGGAGUCGGCGGGGGGCCUCGGUUUCGAGGGGUGCGUCUCUGAGCUGCGAUCCUGCCAGGGGAGGAUGAGGACAGGCGUUUACAAGAUGUCAGACCUCCCAUCCAUGGUCGCAGUCAAGACCGAGCCCAAGAGGACCCCAGACCAGCAGUACAAAGCCACCUUCGUCUGA